AUGGCCACAUACAAGCAACGCACACCCUACCAGAGACACACCGCCGUCUACUCUGAUGAGGAAGACACCCAUACUGUCCAGACAUCGACCAGCAACCAUCAUACACAGCACCAUCAUAGCCACAGCAACCACCAUCACCAUCAAGCAGAGGACGGCAUCCUAGACAACACCUUAGAUCGUGAAUGGACCUCUAUUCGUAACUCUGCCAGCGCUCGCGCCAGAGCGAGACAACAGCAAUACCUCGAUCAGCAACAACAACGUACGCGUGAAUGGCAAUUCGUCCUCAGUCAGCACAGGCACAACUCCUUCUCAAACACUACCACCACCAGCAGGGGCAUCUCCUCGGACGAGUACGACGAGGUCUGUUCAGCUGCUGAACUCUCUUCAAUCGUCGCUAGCCCCUGCGUCGUCGACCACCCUACCGCUGCACCCGCCAGAGCUCCUACCGGCGAGCAUGCGAGUGUUCUUGGGUUCUCUGACUUGACAAGCGAUGGUCUGGAGAGUCUUGGCGAAUCAGAGGAUUUGGGGGUCUGGUCGCACGAGGAUGAUGACGAUGUACUGUCAACCCCUGCUCUUCGUCGCUCGUUCACCUCAUCGUCAUCGCCCCUUAUCGCAUCCACAACUUCAUUGAGUCAUAUCCCUCGUCCAUCCUUUGCCGACAACAGUCCUCGCAGCAUCGGCGGCUCUGGUGUGGCCGAGCUCAAGUUCCAGAACCAGAUGCCCUUUCACGAUGGAUCUGGCAAUUUUGUUGAGCGUGCACCCUCUGUCCGUGAGUCUGACGUAGAGUCCGAGCGGGGCUGGGAGAGCUCCUCGUCAAGAACCUCGUCUGUUUUCCGGGCAUACCGUCGUACAAAGGAGACCCCUGUCCGCCGUCCCAUCUCUUCUUCGGAAUUCAAGGCUGUGAUCCAAAAUAUCGCUGGCCUGCAGCGCACAAGCACACGCUCGCCUCUUGUGCAAUCAUCUCGACAGAAGAGUCUGGAAGGAUAUGCAUCAUCAUCUACGAGCUCACGGCCCACGUUCACCUAUCCACACGUCGUCUCCAAGAGGCCCAUUUUCAAUAUAUACGAGUCUGAGAUGGAGGACCUAUCAGAGAUGAUUGAGGUGCCGGUCAAGAUGGGCUGGCUCCAAGCGUUUGAGCAAGCCCUGCGCACUUUGAAGCCACAAGAGUAUGAAUUACAUGCCGAUGAUAAUGCCGUGAGUCCGAUCAAAGCCUGGGCGCAGCACCUCUCACACGAUGAGCCCAUGUCGGUAGAGUCAAGGGCAUCGACACCUACAACAGUUGAUCAGCAGCAGGCCGUUGCUUCACCAUCCGACGAGGCUGUGAAUACGGCAGAGAGUCAGGCGCGUUUAGAUCAAGUCCAGCAGAACAUGGCGGCUGCCUCAUUGGCGACCUUGAAGCGACUCCAGACCAGAAAACGGGCGAACCCUCACCAUCGCGACCCCAUGCAAAUCGAUUUCGCACCAACUGUCGCUGUGGAUGCAGACACAUACCGCAGGAACCGCCGCGUGCUCUCCCGAUCAACAGGAACAUCGACAUCGACAUCGACAGCGCACGAUACCAACCUGUUGGUAGUCGUCCUUUCGACCCUUCGCCGGUUCCGGGACCAUGUCCAGUCCAACUUUAUGUUUUCCGAGUUUUACGGCGAUGACGAGCGGUCACAGCAUCUGUCAAGGACCUUAGGACCCGAUGGCGAUUUGGGAAUCGAAUGGUCAACGGGUGAUGUUGGUGCGGCCACUAGGGUAGCAGGAACAACCGCCGCGGCAGCAGUGGCAGCAGUGGUGGGCUCGCAGUCUACUUCGCGGGCGGCAGAUAGACGGUAUCGACGGCAUGAGCGGACGACAUCUAGUGUUGUGUCGUCAUCCUCGGCUCGGUCGUCUGUCCGGCGGGUCAAUAGUGAUUGUGGGCUCGAGAGUAUGAAGUCGUAUAGGAGCCAUGAUUCUAAUCACCCCAUCCAUUCUUCCCAUUACCGCUCAAGCCUCAACUGGAUUUCACACAACAUACCCGGCAGUCAUCCCGCCCACCUCCGUCAUGGUGCCCCUACCGCCUAUGAGCAGGUUGACCGAGUUACUCUGUUUCGUGGACCCACGGCGUAUGGCGCAUCUUGCCCAUACCGCCCGCUUAACGCCGACAACAACUACAGGGGGAUUCGAGGAGACUUGCAGCAGAGCGAGUUCCAGGUUAGGAUUGAUACCGAUGGCAUCCCUGUUCGACGACACCGUCAGGGUUUCAACACCCUGGUCCUCAUCGUCGGACUCUCGAGGUCAAUCUGA